AUGUCAAUAUCUGAAAUUGAGGAAUUCUUGUCAUCGCCGUUAAUUUUAUGGCUUGAAUCGUGCCUCCCACGACCAGAAUUGUUGUCGGGCUAUCAUGCACUUUUAGAUGGAUACCUUAUACAUACAGUAUGGCUACAAAUAGAUCCAGAGCCAAACCACAUAGUCACAAAGAUAAUUGAUGAGGAAGGAGUUUCACUUGGAGGUGCUCGAAGUAAAAAUAUUGAUGCAAUUGUAAAAAAUCUUCGAGCACUUUACGAGGAGGAAUUAUGUCAAGUCGUCCUUGUUCUACCCGAUUGUUAUAUUUUAGGUCAAAAUGCAGAAUCAAAAGCUGGUUUAGAGCAAAUGGAACUUCUUCUUACACUUUUACUUGGCGCUGCUGUUCAAUGUCCAAAUAAGGAAUUAUUUAUAGCACGCAUAAAGGAGCUAGAUGUCGAAACACAACAUUCACUAGUUGCAGUGAUUCAACAAGUUACCGAAAGCCAAACGAUUGUUCUUACACCCGAAUUUACGGACAAUGUCCCACGUGAAAGAAUGCUUGAACAUAUUAUACGACUUGCAAAGGAACGAGACAAAUAUCAUUCAAAUUGGAUAAGUUCAAUAAGCCUUGAUACUGAGACAAUUCAUGUACAUUCACAUAAUGCACGGAAAGGAAAUAGUUCAAUUAGUUCAAAUGUUACCUCACCAUCAACCGGAUCCUCAAAUUCAGUCUCAACAACUGAAAAUAAUCAUUUAGCUGUAGAGUUGGCUGACUUAAAAUCAAAGAUGAGGAAAAUUAGACAGGAACUUGAAGAGAAGACGGAAUCAUUGAUUGAAGCUAGAGAGGAAUUAGAUCAUACAAGGAAUCAAUACGAAAAGUUAAAGAUAGAAAGUCAAGACUGGUACACAGAAGCAAGGAAGGCUGCAACAUAUCGUGAUGAAGUCGAUGUUUUGCGUGAGAAAUCGGAACGUGUCGAGAGAUUAGAAAUUGAAAUACAAAGAUUUCGCGAGAAAUUAAGUGAUAUUGAAUUUUAUAAGACACGAGUUGAGGAAUUACGCGAAGAUAACCGAAUGUUACUGGAAACAAAAGAGAUGCUAGAAGAUCAAUUAUUACACGCAAGAAAGCGUGGUGAACAAGUGAUGACAUUAGAAUCGGAGAUACUUAAAUAUAAGCAGAAACUUAAUGAUAUUGCAUUAGAACGUGAUGUUGAUAAGACGAAAAUGCAAGAAUUGAUGGAUGAAAAUACACAACUUCAAUUGACUACGAAAAAUUUAAUAGCUGGUAGUGAGCAGAAGAAUAAACAAAUUCUAGAAGAUUUAGAUGAAACAGAAAUUCCAUCAGGUGAUAAUAGUUUAUCGGAACAAUUGACUAAUAAUGCACAAACUCGAGCUUUAAAAUUAGAAUUGGAAAAUAGGAGACUAUUGGCAGCACUAGAAAAUUUAAAGGAAUCAGCUUUUAAAGAAAAUUCACAGAAAUUACUUGAUAUUGAGAAGGAAAAGAAGAAACUGCAACUCAAAUGUGAUCAAUUACAGGAAACUUGUGAUCGAAUGAAUCAGCAAAAUUCUGAACUUGAGAAUGUCUUUAAGAAUGCACUUACUGAGAAUAAAAAAUUGCAGGAUAUUAUAGAUUCAAAGCAAGUUCAAAUAGAAAAGUCAUCACAAGAUCGAGAAUUUGAAAAAAUUAAAGUUCAAGAUUUAGAGCUUCAAAUUGAAGCCUUGACAAAGGAAAAAGAGAGAAUUCAAAAUCUCAGUGAUAGUAUUCAAAGACGUGCGAAUGAUUUAGAGAAGUCAUUGCAUACAAAAGUUAAAGAUUUUGACAUGCUCAAAGAAAGGACAUCAGAAUUUGAAGCGUUUAAAAAGGAUCUUGGGGAAAUUCGAAGUAAAUUGGGUCUUGUCGAAAAGGAGAACAUCACACUUAAUAAAGAACUUUUAAAGACGAAAGAGAAUCUCGAAGUUAAGGAACUUGAAAUCGACAGUAAUAGCGAAGUAAUGAAGAAACAUGAAAAGGAACUUAAACAACUCAAUAAGGAACUUGAAGUUUCACAACAAAAUCUCAAUAAAAUUCAAGAAUUGGAGAAGAAGAAUCAGGAGUUAAUAUCACAAAAUGAAAUAGACAUCGAAACAAUAAAGACACUCCAAUCUCAAAUGAUUACCGAGACAAUAAAUGCUAAGAAAUUCCAACAAAAUCUUGAGAAAAUAGGAAUUGACAAGUCUGAACUUGAUAAGAAUGACCUAAAUGUUGAAUUUCUUGUUGAUAAGCUUGUCAAAAAUCCUGAAUCAUUUAAAACCGUCCGUGAGAUUAUGUUGAAUUACAGCAAAGAAACAUCAUCAUCUGACAUUUGUGUCCUAUGCCAUCAAAAGGAGAUUUAUACUGUUGAAAAGGAUAUUCAGUUUACAAGUGAUGAGGAACAAAGUGAUAUGGCUAAAAUUCGUGAACAACUUGAGCACAUGCAAUUUGAGCACGAUACUCUUAAAGAGACGAAUGAGGUAUUACAAGCAGAAAAUGCAAGAAAGAAGGUUGAAUUUUCAACAAUGGGAUCUCAAAUUACAUCACUAAAUAAUCAACAAGUCGCCUUACAGCUUGCCAAUUCUCAACUUGCUGCCGAAAAAGAAUGCCUAUUAAAGAAACUUGAUGGAACAAAGGUCCAACAUGAUUCUACACAACAAGAUCUGAUUACACUUCAAUGUCUGCAUGAACAAUUAAAUUCCGAAUAUGAUGGCCUUAAUAAAGAGAAAGAAAUCCUCAAAAUUACCAUACGAGAUUUAAAAUUAGAAAUGAGGAGUUUAAAGGAACAAGCAAUGAUUGAUGAGAAAACAAUCGAUGAACUAAGAAGUGAAUUAGAAUUGGUUAAGAAGGGGUCAGAGAGUCUAAGUAGUUUACGUGCUGAGCAUUCGAAGUUAAAAGAAGAUUUUCGUAAUUUAUUUAGCACAAAUGAGCGCAUUAAGCAAGAGUAUAAAAAUAUUCAAGAACAAUAUAAAAUCACUCGUGCUGAAAAUAGUCGACUCAAAAUUCAGUCAACUGAGCAAUCAGGCGAGAUGAAUAAUCGAAUUGAGCACUUUACAGGCCUUGAAAUUGAAUUGACAAAGGUGAAACAGCAGAAUGAGAUGCUACUUCAAAUGAACCAAACAUUAGAUACUGAUAGACGAACUUUAAUGGAUCAUGUUUCGCAACUUUUAUCACAAUACCAUGAACUCUUGACACAUUCACUUGAAGAUAAGCAGCAUUAUCAUGCAGAAGAGAAAAUGUUUACUGACAAAGUGAAUGAUUUGAAGAGACAGAAGGAGAAGCUCGAAGAGAAAAUUAUGGAACAUUAUAGGAAAUUAGACAGUUGUGCACCUAAAAAGAAGCCAAUGAUGGUUUCAAAUAUUGUUAAGAAGGUUCGAAAAGCAGGAUCUGAUUUAAUGAGUCGAGUACCAAGCAAAAAUAGACGUUCAUGGGUGGUCGAGCAAGAUCCUCGAUUAACACAAUCUCAAUUAAUUAUUGGUUCGGAAUCAGGUGGUAAUGAAUCAGAUAACAGCAAUGAGGAACCGACAUCUGUAGCAUCCGACAGCACACAUUUGCGAAGAAAUUCACCGGUUCGUCAAAGUCAAACACGAAAGACAAGCGAACAAAUUCAUAACGUCUUAAUGCGAGGCGCUCUCCGAAGCAGCAUGCAAGGAAGUAAAAUAACGGAUGAUCAGACAACAAAUAGAAAUAGCUAUCAAGGAUUUGAUGCUCAAGCAGAUGUAACGAAUUUACUACACUCGGCUGGCUCACGCCGAACUGUAUAUUUAGGUGAAGAAAAUAAGAGUGAUGCUGAAAAGCCGACAACAAGUAACGGCAAUGGCGAAAAUGGUGCACCAACCUUUCUCAUGUACAAUAAAAUUUCCACAACGACUGUUGCUGCAAAAGAAUCGCCGCCUUCUUCUAUUGUGAAUGGAACGAAUGGAAAUGCUGAGAGCAGUAAUCAAAAAUCAAAGAGUGAUAAGAAGAAGAAUGACAAGAAUCGUGAGAGUGCAAUAUGGUACAAAUAUAUAAUGAAUUAUAGACCAAGCAAGAAAUCCGAUAAAUUAAUUGAUUGAUUUAAUAUUUCAAUUGUAGGUAUGAAUAUGGAUGUGUUUAAAAAUGCUUCACUAACCCUCACACCCCACACUAACGUCUUUCGUUGCCUGAAUUUCAUUCUACCCAAUAUGACGUAUAGGCUGAAUGGAUACAAAAAGUUGACGACUUUUUCUCCCAUUUUUCGUGCAUUUACAGAAAUAAUUUUUAAUUAUCAACCUAUUAUGUUAAGAUAUAAACUCCGAGCUGUACAUCAGUGUCACGUGGAAGCCAUUUGACAGCCUUUGCCAUGAUGUGCUGCUCGCGAAAGAAAAUGUAACAAACAGUUGCUUAUAGAAUUUGCCUUAUAGAGUAUUUUAAAAAUAUGCUAAGUAGAACUUUUUUUUAAGGAUAUACGAAUGUGAACAGUGA